AUGGCUUCCAUCUAUCAACUCAACCAACCUCCCAAUCCGUUUUGGGACUUUGUCAACGGCAAUCUAGAGGACCAUCCUUUCUUUGCUCCUCACGGCCACCGCGGACACCACGGACAUCGUGGACGUCGUGGAUGGGAUAACCCCCAGCAGAGCGACAAUACCACAAGAGGUGCUCAAGCAGGUGAAACCACUGAGCCUAACGCCGACAUGGAGAAAGACGAAACGUCGGCAUCAGACUCAGAUUCCCCAGACAACCACCACCAUCGCUGCGACCACUGCGAAAAUGGUAAGGGCAUAGGCAGGAGCCGUGGAGGCCCCGGCCACCACGGUCCAGGCCCAUUCCGUGGUGAAGGUGGCAAGGGAAAGCAUGGACAUGGCCCUGACGCCGAGCCAUAUAGCCACCACGCCCACCACAACACCUCCAAGGAAUUCUCACAGGACUCUGAAGUACCCCAAGCAGUCGGUGAACUCUCCGAACCGAAUGCGGUCCCAUUCGCCUCUAAAGAGAACAUCGAAACCCCGGUAUCGGACUCUGACUCUCCCGGCAACCAUCGCCGCCACGGCCACGGCGGAAAGUGCAAGAACAAGGGCCAUGGAGGUCCCGGCCACCAUGGACCAGGUCCCUUCCGCGGCAAGGGUGGCAAGGGAAAACACUGCCAUGGCCCUCACGCUGGACCAUAUGACUUCCACAGUUACGGCCAUGACCACCACCACGGCGCCGGUGCCUUCUGGGGCUACGGACGCGACGGAAAGGGCAAACAUGGACAUGGACACGGUCCCCACGCUGGUCCAUACGGCUUCCCCGGCCACCACAACAACGCCGGACCCUUCGGUUUCGGUCCCCGUGAACAUGGUCACCACCACAAAGGAGGCCCCGGUGGUCGCGGCAGACACCAUGGCGGAUCUCCUUUCGGCGGCCCGUUCGACUUCCUGCGCCAGAUCGGUGCAGGACUUGGUUUCCCCAUGAACGGGCCUACCGCGGAGGGUGUUGACUUUACGCCCUCCGUUGACGUUUUUGAUACCCCUGCCAAGUACAUUGUGCAUGUCUCACUGCCCGGGGCUAAGAAGAGCGAUCUCAGUAUUGACUAUGAUGCUGACGAGUCUGUUCUGCAUCUGGCGGGUGUUGUUUACCGGCCUGGCGUCAAUGAGGAUCUCCAUCAGGCUCUUGUUAUGGAAGAGCGGGGUCAGCAUGUUGGUGUCUUUGAGCGUGAGGUCCGUCUUGGGACUCGUGUUUCUCCGGCUUUUAUUAUUGUUGAUGGGAUCUCGGCAAAGCUGGAGGAUGGUGUUUUGAAUGUUACUUUGCCAAGAAAAUUUCAGGAUCCUGAGGUUGGAAAGAAGAUGGUUUUUGUGGAGGAUGGUAAUUUGGAGAAUGAGAAGGAGGCCAUGGUCGUGAAUGAGAGGACUCUCACUCCAGUGGAAUCUGAAGAGAGCGAUGUUGAAGAUGGUGAGGCGAGAGAGUAUGUCAAUGUUCAUGUGCAGUGA